CUCCAAAAAAAGCUGCUAUUUUUACUCCAGCUUCUUCGUCUUCUUCAACCUUAACUUCAGUUCCUACCAACCUAGAUUUAGAAAUUAUCCAAGAAGUUUUUGGCUUACUACUAAAUAAAAAAAUGGAUUUUGAAGUUUAUAACAUAUUUAAAAUUACCACUAUCAACAAAAUUUCACCAGUUAUUCUGCCUUCGAAUAAUAACAUUAAUAAUAACAUAAAAGUUGAUAAUAUCUCUGAAAACUCUUCUUCAUCCAAAAAUAGGUCAAAACUUUUAGAUCCUGACGAAUAUCUUGAAGACAAUAAUAUGGAAGAAGACUUAAAAGAUUUCAUUGUUAUCACCAAAGCUACUCCCUUUGCAGUUGCCAGCAGUAUCAAGUUUACACCUAAGGAAAAGAAUAACAGCAAAAUUAUUCUAACUAUCAACAAUAUUUUUGCUCAAAAUGAUGACAAGAUGCAGCAUAGUCAAAUGAAUAAAAAUUUACUUUAUUAUGCAGAUAAAGUAGAGAAUUAG